UCACCGUGGCACGUUAAGAGUCUUACAUUUUUCAUUACAUAAACUUCGCUGUUUUGUUCGCCCCAACGAAUACCGCCAUUCUUUUUUUUUUCCCCUGUUUCUGAGUAAAAUUUCUAGAAAAAUGGGAAGCUUGAGUACAAUUCUGAGACACCCUGAUGAGAUAUAUCCACUCUUAAAGUUGAAGCUUGCUAUUAUGAGAGCUCAGAAUCAGAUCCCUCUUGAUGAUCCACACUUGGCUCUCUGCUACUCAUUGCUCCAAAACGUUUCUAAAAGCUUCUCUCUUGUUAUUCAACAACUACGCACCGAGCUUCGUGACGCCGUGUGUGUGUUCUACUUGAUUCUCCGUGCUCUUGAUACUGUUGAGGAUGACACAAGCAUACCAAUGGAGAUCAAGGUUCCUAUUUUGUUAGCUUUCCACCGUCAUAUAUACGAUCGUGACUGGCAUUUUACAUGUGGUACAAAGGAGUAUAAGGUUCUAAUGGACCAGUUUUCACCAUGUUUCUGCAGCUUUUCUGGAACUUGA